UGAGUUUCCUGUCAGUAGAGUGAAAGUGAAACUUUAAAAAAACACUCCUCCCCUCAGACUGUCUGUCUUUAGACGCGUCGUAACAGAGUCUGUAACAUGGCUGCUGCAGCUUCGUUCCUUGAGGAGGAGCUCUGCUGUGCUGUUUGCUCAGACUUCUUUAAGGAUCCUGUUGUCCUGAAGUGCAGCCACAGCUUCUGUCGAGUCUGUCUGCAGAAGUUCUGGGAACAGAAGAGCUCUCGGGAGUGUCCAUUAUGCAGGAGGAAGUCCUCCGGGGAGGAUCCUCCUCUAAACCUAACCUUAAGGAACAUUGUGGAGUCGUAUUUACAGCAAGGGAGGGUUAGAAAUGUGGCAGAGAAGAGUGAAUCUCGCUGCAGUCUCCAUGGGGAGAAGCUUCUACUCUACUGUAAGAAUGAUCUGGAGCCCAUCUGUCUGGUCUGUCAGACUGCAAGGAAACACAGAGACCACCGGAUCUGCCCACUGGAAGAAGCUAUAGAGGAUAAGAAGGAGGACCUAAGAGCUUCACUGAUUCCAUUAAAGGAAAAGCUGGAGAAGUUUACAAAAGUUAAACAAGAGUUUGAGGAAACAGCCAAACACAUCAAGAGUCAGUCCCAGCACACUGAGAAGAGGAUAAAGGAGGAAUUUGAGGAACUUCAUCAGUUCCUGAGAGAGGAAGAGGAGGCCAGACUGGCUAUACUGAAAGUGGACGAGAUGGAGAAGAGCGAGAGGAUGAAGGAGAAGAUAGAGAACAUCUCCAAACAGGUCUCCACCCUGUCAGAGAAGAUCAGAGACAUUGAGAAGGCCAUGGGUGCUGAGGACGUCUCCUUCCUGAAGACCGUCAGCGACACCAAAGAAAAAGCUCAGUGCUCACUGCAGGACCCAAAGCUGGCUUUAGGGGCACUGAUAGAUGUGGCGAAACACCUGGGCUCUCUGAAGUUCAGAGUCUGGGAGAAGAUGCUGGGGACUGUGCAGUACACUCCUGUGACUCUGGACCCAAACACUGCACACCCCUGGCUCUCAGUAUCUGAUGAUCUGACCAGCGUGAGAGACACUGGAGUUAAACAGCAACUUCCUGACAACCCAGAGAGAUUCACUAAAUAUGUGUUACUGCUGGGCUCUGAGGGGUUUAACUCAGGAAAACACAGCUGGGAGGUGGAGGUGGGGGACAAACCUAAGUGGGAUGUAGGAGUAGCAGCAGAGUCUGUUAAGAGAAAAGGCAGGAUUACAUCCAGACCAGAGGAUGGAUUCUGGGUUGUACGUCUGACUAAUGGUGAUGUGUAUACAGCAAGGGACUCAACACCAACCCCCCUGAGACUGAAGAGGAAACCGCAGAGGAUCAGAGUGCAGCUGGACUAUGACAGGGGGGAGGUGUCCUUC